AUGAAUAAGUAUGAAAUCAUGGGAGUCGUUGGUGAAGGUGCAUAUGGCAUAGUGUUAAAAUGCAAAAAUAAGGAGACUAAUGAAUGUGUGGCUAUAAAAAAGUUCAAAGAAACAGAGGAUGAUGAAGCAGUGAAGAAAAGUAUUCAAAGAGAGGUGAAAAUGUUGCGCAUGUUGAAGCAUCCAAAUAUUAUUUAACUGAAGGAAGCGUUCAAAAAGAAAGGCAAAAUAUUUCUAGUUUUUCAAUUCGUUGACAGAAACCUAUUAGAAUUAUUAGAGGAGAGAAAAACACUAGAUUAAGAAUGCAUCAAACGAGUGAUAUUUUAAUUGGUUCUUGCUGUGCAUGCUUGUCAUUCCGUAGGAAUAGCACAUCGAGAUAUAAAACCUGAAAAUUUACUGAUAGAUAAUGAUCUAAAUUUAAAGUUAUGUGAUUUUGGUUUUGCAAGGACUAUACAAAGUUAAGAAUAGUUGACUGAUUAUGUGGCUACAAGAUGGUACAGAUCGCCAGAGUUACUGAUAUCCAAUAAUUAUGGUAAACAAGUAGAUAUUUGGGCAAUUGGUUGUAUAAUGGGAGAAUUGAUAGAUGGUCAGCCAUUAUUUCCAGGUGAAAAUGAGAUGGACUAAUUAUACCUAAUAUAGAAGAUAAUAGGUCCAUUGACUUAGGAUUAGAUGGAGAAAUUUUAGAAGAAUUAGAGAUAUAUAGGAAUGAAGUUUCCUGAGAUAGUAAAAUCAGAAACUAUUGAGAAAAGAUAUUCUGGUAAAAUGUGUAACAAAGGGUUGAAUUUCUUAAAGCAAUGUUUAUUAAUGGAUCCAAAUAAGAGAUUGACGUCUCAGGAUUGUUUAGAGCAUCCCUAUCUCUCAGAUCUGUGGAGCAAAGAAAGUGAAAUUAGACCUAAAAGUAAUUUUUAGAGGAGAAUUAGUUGCGAAAGGGAUGAUUCGAAACAUAGCAUUCUUAAUCAAUAUGAUUUUGGGGAAUAGAAACCAAAAAAGAUUCAAGAAAAAGCGAUUCCUUAGACAAUCCAGAAUUAAUCAUUUGUUUAAAGAUAAGUUUAUAACUACAAAAUUGGGGAUGAAACAACUGAAGUGACCAAAGAAGAUGAUACCAAAUCAUAAAUGCACAAAACAUUUAAUUAAUCUUUCAAAAUCAAGUUUAAUGACACUCUUCCUUAAAGUAGAUUAGGAUCUGAGUAAGACAAGAGAAUUAAUAGGAUAAUCGGUUUACCAGGUUUAAAAGAAGAUCCCAAACAAUAGUAAUAACAAUAACAAGCUAUUCAUAAUAAAUCUCCAAACAAGAGAACAUCCAUCUAAUAACCAUCAUUUUAUGUUUAAGGAUAAUAUAAUUUGUAACCCUAAAAACUUAAUCUAGUGUAUAAUGCUAAUACUUAUAAUUAUUCAAUUAAGAAAUCGUAUAUCUCAAAAAAGUGA